CUAUCAUAGUGAGUCUUCCGGAUGUCGGAUCACUCAAUCCUAUAGCAGCAAUACUGCCUCUAGCUUUUGUACUACUGGUAUCAAUUGCCCGUGAAUUCGUAGAGGAGUGGAUGGCAUAUAAAAGAGAUAAGGAGACAAACGCUGAGUUGACGAGGAGGGUUACUGCACAAGGGACAAUAGAGAAGAUAGAAUGGGCACAUCUGUUUCCUG